UUUUGCUUUCUCACUAUAAGAUCCCCAAUAAUAAUGCUUUACACUUCACUCACUCUGCCAAUUAAAACGAGCCAAUCAUCCAUUCCUGCCUUUACUUUUCCGAGCUGCUAUGGCCAUGGCAGCCUCUACUCUGCCGGUCCUCCUCCUCCUCCUCCUCCUCUUUUCCCUCUCAUCCGCCGCCGCCGCCGCAUCCCCCGCCGGCCGCUCGCCCUGCUUCACAUCGCUGUUCAGCUUCGGCGACUCUAUAACCGACACCGGCAACCAGCUUCUCCUGGCUCCCGACGGCGUCCUCGGCCACUGCUGCUUCCCUCCGUACGGCGAGACCUACUUCGGCCGCCAGACCGGCCGCUGCUCCGACGGCCGCCUCAUCGUCGACUUCAUCGCGGAGCAAUUGGGGCUUCCGUUACUGACGCCGUACCCGGGGAAGCUUCACAGCAACGAUUUCCCGUUGGGGGCCAACUUCGCGGAAGGAGGGGCGACGGCGCUGGACUUCCAUUUCCUGGCGGAGAAGGGGAUCUACAACACGCACACCAAUCUGUCUUUGCAGGUGGAGAUCGAUCGAUUCAAGGAAUUGCUGGCCACCAUCUGUUCAUCUCCCUCUGCAGAAUGCAAGGACUACCUGAGCAAAUCCCUUAUUCUGCUGGGAGAGAUCGGAGGAAUCGACUACAACCGUGCGUUCUUCGAAGACGUUGCCGCCGACGAGAUCAUCGCCAUCGUGCCAUACGUCGUCGCCGAGAUUGGCAAAUCAAUCAAGCAAUUGGUUGAGUUAGGGGCGGUAACAAUUCUGAUCCCCGGGAACCUCCCGAUCGGGUGCUGGCCGGGCUAUUUGACCAAAUUCUGGAGCCCCAACAAGGAAGAUUACGACCCGUUGAGCGGCUGCCUCGUCUGGUACAACAAUUUCGCCCAGCACCACAACAUCCUCCUCCAACAGGAAAUCGCUAGGCUGCAGAAGCUCUACCCUCACACAAACUUGAUGUACGGGGACUACUACGGCUCCGCCACGCGAUUUCAUCGACACCCUGAAAAAUUCGGUACGUUCUUCUUCGAAUCUCGCUAGUGUCGAUCUGAUUUUUUCGUGUAGAAUUUGAUAACGCGAGAAUUGAAACGAACACAGAACGCAAGAGUUUUUACGUGGUAUCCUCGAUCGAUCGAUUGAUCGAGACUAAUCCACAGUGAGCUCGCUGACGUUUUAUUGAACGACUACAUUGUGACGUCUUGCUUACGACAAUCUCGUAGCUAAGCUUAUAUAGAGAGACUUAGGGUUAAAACCCUGAUGACAACCAGGUUUUCCUUCUUUGACAAGGAAACAAGGGACUUGAAGGACAAUGAAUUAAUUAUUUUUGACUGAAUAAUUAAUACCCUCAAACAUUUCGUGAUAGCAGCAGAAAGUAAGGUGUGCAAUGAUAACGAUUCGAUAUUGAAUUUGGGUUCACCGGAUCGGCGGUGGUGGCUUGUUGUGGCGGCGGGGGUCCGUACAACUACAACGAGUCGUUGAUCUGUGGGAACGAGGGCUCGAAGGCUUGUGCCGAGCCGUCGACUUACGUGAACUGGGACGACCAUCAUUUCACCGAAGCGGCGUACAAGAUAGUGGCUAAGGACGUUUUGGAAGGCCCGUUUUCGACUCCCAGAUUCAAUGCGUCUUGUCUGGUGGGCCGGGCGAGCGACGAUGGGCUUCAUUCUGCCUAUUAGUUUUGUUUUGGGCCCACGAAGGGAAUGUCUAGGACAUUGUUCCAGUGAUUGAUAAUUUGUUAAUGGGCAUUUUGUUUCUGUUCAGCCUACUAGUUUGUUGUGUUGUGUUGUGUGUCCUGUUUUGUUGUUGUCGCCCUGCUUAUUAAGCGGAAUAGCUAAACUACUGGAUGUAUUUGUAUCUUGGAUUCUUCCUCUUUGAAUUGUUAGAGUGAUUGAUUAAUAAAAAAAAAGCGAUUGAAUUAUGUUGUACUAUUUUUCUUCUUCUCGCUUCUUAG